GAGCAGGAGCAGAAGCUAUCCUGCAGCAACGGCGUCUCCUGGGAGCUGCACCUUUUCACAGCUCUGCUUUCUGCCUUCUGCACAUCCCUUUGGGCCAUAGUCCUCGACGGCAUGGGAAUCAAGCGUCUUGCCGCGGAGACUGCACCACCGUGGUCUUUGCAGCGAGCGAAGCUAGUGGUAUCCUGGGCGUACGACAGCAUCGGAGACAGGUACUUGGACCUGACUUCGUUUCUGGUGAUGAAGGCCUGUGGCUACGAGUAUUCCUGGCUCCCACUCAUCUUCCUCUUGGCUGCGCUGAUCAUGCAGAACGUCGGGGGCUUGCUCUACGCAUCCUUCGUAGUUCACAAGGCUUGCAAUUGCAGAUAUGCGCUCAUCUGGGCCGUCAUGAUGCCACCCUGGAAACUGGUCGAUCUGGAUCUGGAAGCCGUGGGCAAUUUCGGCACAGCAGUACGGUUGCUUGUCCAAGAUUUUCCGCAGUUGGCUGUGAAGCUGCACUUCACUUUUUCUUUCUACGCAAGCUGGUUCGUGGUUUCAGACUGUGCCAUCACCCUCUGCGUCGCUGCAAUAGACCUCCUGGCGUUGGCGAGAGCUGGUUACCGUCCCACUUAUCAUCAGUUGCUUUUGCCACAUGAGACGUCGCGGGCAAUGACGAGAGGAGACAGCCCGGAGACACCCUAA